AUGGGGUGUUCACUAUUUAUCUUUCUAACCAUUUUUUUAAUGGUUUUAGUUUCAAGCCCAAAAAGUGUUUGUGGAAAUGCUGAGCUGAAAGCACUUAUGGAUUUGAAACAUAGUUUAGAUCCAGAAGGGCAUUUUCUCUCUUCAUGGUCAACAAAUGGUAACCCUUGUGACAAUUCCUUUGAAGGUGUUGCUUGUAAUGAAAAAGGCCAAGUAGCAAAUGUUUCAUUGCAAGGAAAAGGGCUUUCUGGUAAACUAUCACCAGCCAUUGCUGAACUUAAGCACUUGACAGGACUCUACUUGCAUUACAACUCUUUGUAUGGUGAGAUACCAAGAGAAAUUGCUAACUUGACUGAGCUUAGUGAUUUGUACUUGAAUGUGAAUCAUUUGUCUGGUGAAAUCCCAUCCGAGUUUGGCAAAAUGGAGAGUCUACAAGUUUUGCAGCUUUGUUAUAACCAGUUAACAGGAAGCAUACCGACUCAGCUCGGCGAUUUGAAGAAGCUUAGUGUUCUUGCUCUACAGUCAAACAAAUUAGCCGGAGCUAUCCCUGCUAGUUUGGGUGAGUUAGGAAUGUUGAUGAGGCUAGAUUUGAGCUCUAAUAAUCUUUUUGGUUCGAUUCCAACAAGGCUUGCUGAUGCUCCUUUUCUUCAAGUUCUUGAUGUUCACAACAAUACCCUCUCCGGAAAUGUACCUCCUGCUCUGAAGAGACUAGAUGAUAAAUUUGUGUAUGAAUACAAUUUGGGACUAUGUGGAGAAGGAUUUUCAUCCUUGAAAGCUUGCAAUGCUUCAGAUCAUGCCAAUCCAAACAGGCCUGAACCUUAUGGAGCAGGAGUUGGUGUUACGCAAAAAGAAAUUCCAGAAACUGCAAAUAUAAAGUUGCCUUGCAAUACAACACAGUGCCAAAACUCAUCGAAAUCCAAAAAAACAGUGUCUAUUACCGUUGGCUUAGUUCUGGCGACAAUUGCAGUGUCAGCAAUAGGCAUUCUAGCUUUCACAAUGUAUCGUCGGCGGAAGCAAAAGCUUGGUAGUGCCUUUGAUAUCACCGAAAGCCGUCUAAGUACUGAUCAAACCAGAAGUAUUUACCGGAAAAACGGAUCUCCUUUGGUUAGUCUUGAAUAUGCUAAUGGAUGGGAUCCUUUGGCAGAUAGCAGACAUUUCAACGGAGACAAGCAAGAUAUGUUCUCGAGUUUCCGGUUCAACUUGGAGGAAGUGGAAUCUGCAACUCAGUAUUUCUCCGAGUUGAAUCUGUUGGGUAAGAGCAACUUUAGUGCAACAUAUAAAGGAGUUCUAAGAGAUGGAUCUAUUGUCGCUGUUAAGAGCAUUAGUAAAACUAGUUGCAAAUCCGAUGAAGGUGAGUUUUUGAAGGGGUUGAACAUUUUGACAUCAUUGAGGAAUGAUAAUUUGGUUAGGUUGAGAGGAUUUUGUUGUUCGAGGGGACGAGGGGAAUGCUUCCUGGUUUAUGAUUUUGUUUCAAAUGGAAAUUUGUCGCGAUACCUUGAUGUUAAGGAAGGCGAAGGUGAAGUCCUUGAAUGGUCAACUAGAGUUUCAAUCGUAAAAGGAAUUGCUAAAGGCAUAUCAUAUUUGCAUGCUUACAAAGCAAACAAACCAGCUCUUGUUCAUCAAAACAUCUCAGCAGAGAAAGUCCUCAUUGAUCAGCGACAAAAUCCAGUACUCUCUGAUUCCGGCCUAUAUAAGCUUCUCACCAACGACAUUGUCUUUUCUUCACUUAAGGGCAGUGCUGCAAAAGGUUACUUAGCUCCAGAAUACACCACCACAGGCCGGUUCACAGAAAAAAGCGAUGUCUACGCAUUUGGGAUCCUUCUUUUCCAAAUACUCACAGGGAAGCAUAAGAUCACUAGCUCAAUGCGUCUUGCUGCAGAAUCCUUCAAAUUCCAAGAAUUCAUCGACCAGAAUCUCCACGGAAGAUUCUUCGAAUACGAGGCGGCUAAACUAGCAAGAAUGGCAUUGCUUUGCUCCCAUGACUCUCCCUUUGAGAGGCCAACUAUGGAAGCUAUUGUUCAAGAACUUGCCAAUUGUAGCAGUUGUCUUUGA